CUGUGAUCAGUUCACGCUGACAUGCUUCAUUCCAACAAGACACAGUUCCACCCUUCCUCCUUCCUCCUGAUAGGGAUCCCAGGGCUGGAAGAUUUGCACCUUUGGAUCGGCUUUCCCUUCUUUGCAGCAUAUCUAAUAGCCGUCUUGGGGAACACCAUCAUCUUAUUUGUGAUCCAAACUGAACACAGCCUCCACCAACCUAUGUUCUACUUUUUGGCCAUGUUGGCAUGCACCGAUUUGGGUUUAUCCACAGCCACCAUCCCCAAGAUGCUGGGCAUUUUCUGGUUCAAUCUUGGGGAGAUUACAUUUGGAGCCUGCAUCACCCAGAUGUAUACCAUCCAUAUAUGCACCGGCCUGGAAUCUGUGGUGCUGACAGUUAUGGCCAUAGAUCGUUAUAUUGCUAUAUGUAACCCACUGAGGUACAGCAUGAUCCUCACCAACAAGGUGAUAGCUAUUCUGGGUGUAGUCAUCAUAGUCAGGACUUUGGUGUUUGUGACUCCGUUUAUAUUUCUCAUCUUUAGGUUGCCUUUCUGUGGUGUUGAAUUGUCCCACAUACCCUAUUGUGAACACAUGGGUUUGGCAAAGCUAGCUUGUGCUAAUAUCAGGGUCAAUGUCAUCUAUGGAUUGGUUGCUUUCUCAGUGGGAUACAUUGAUCUAUCUGUUAUUGGAUUUUCCUACAUCCGGAUUCUCCAAGCAGUCUUCCGCCUUCCAUCCUGGGAUGCUCGGCUUAAGGCACUUAGUACAUGUGGCUCCCAUGUGAGUGUCAUGUUGGCCUUUUACCUGCCAGCUCUCUUCUCAUUCAUGACGCACCGCUUUGGCCACAACAUCCCUCACUAUAUCCACAUACUUCUAGCCAAUCUGUAUGUGGUCGUUCCUCCUGCCCUGAACCCUGUUAUCUAUGGAGUCAGGACUAAACAGAUAAGGGAGAGAGUAAUAAGAAUGCUUAACCCUAAGAUGCACUGA